AUGAGGAGGACGAGGAGCAAUGAGAAAGCCCCGUCUAACGAGAAGUUCCAGCCCGGCAUGUCGAUCCUCAAGCUCAGCCAGUCAGGCGCGGCGAGCGUGCUGAUGGAAGCCAUCAGGAACGGAGGGAACGUGGACGAGAAGGACAGCUAUGGCUCGUCAGCCUUGCAUCGAGCAGCGCGCGGAGGGAACGAAGAGGCGGUCCGUGUGCUCCUGGAAGCCAAGGCCGCAGUUGAUGCCAGGGACAGGAAGAUGAUGACUCCUCUGCAUGAAGCAUGCUCGGGCGGCCAUCGGCGAUGCGUCGAGCUCCUGCUGCAGUAUCGAGCUGAUCCCAACACCAAGAAGACAAACUCGAGCGUUACCAACGGAGGCAUUUCGCAGCCUGCCAUGGACAUCUCGACUGCAUCGAGAUCCUCGUCGCUGCCAAGGGGGAUGUGUUGGGAGGAAACAGAGCAGGAGAAUGUCCACUACAUGUUGCUGUACGAUCAGAUCACCUGCCUAUCGUCCGCCAUCUCCUGGUGCGCCUGCCGACGGCAGCAGCAGCAGGUGUUUGCUCAGAUCUCUAACAGGACAGAAUGUGCCCGGGCUCUGCUGGACAAGGCAGCCAGCCUGGAAGGUGGAGCAAAGCGCUUGAUGCUCCAAGGAGACUGCGGGGACUCGAUCCCGCUGCAUGAAGCUGCGGCGGGAGGGCACGCGAAGCUCGUCGAGUUGCUAGUCGAUCGGGAUUCCCCCGUUGACAGCCAAGACAAGCACGGGAGGACCUCGCUGCUGUGUGCGAGUGAGGAGCGGCACCUUGAGACCGUCCGUUUCCUCAUCCAGAAAGGCGCCCUCCUGCAGCGAGAACAUCCUCAGGUGAUUGCAGCGCUGGAGGGGAAGCCCGCUUCAUCGAUCCAGCCAAGUUUCCUCCAGCAGGCUGUCGCGAAAGUCUCACCAGUGGCCAACGCGAUCUUUCAGUCUCUUGAGGAAAACUCCAACAAAGAAGUCAAGGAGCAGGACGAUGUUCCAACGGGAAAGCAGAGGAGGAAGGCGUCGAGACAACUGAGGAAGCAGAGAGCGCAGGAAGAAAACUUAGCCAGCACAGAAAACAACCCGAUUCUUAAUCCGAUCUACGUCAACCGUACAAGAAGCGCUCGAUCAGAAAUGUCUCGCGUGAGUGUUUCGGUUCUCCAAGUUAACUAA